AUUGGCAAAUUGCAGUAAAGUCUCACAGUUGAAUAAAGCUUCGAGCCUUCGACAUUCGAAAAAGGCUUUAUAGUCUUGUAUAUGUCAACAAAUAUCGGUCCAAUUAUGUCUCGUUUACAGUUCCUACUGUUCGUUAUACUUUUGAAUGUUUCAUCAACGUCACAGGAACGACUGUGUAGGUACAAGAAAUCUGGAGCAUAUUGUCGGAUGCAUUGUUGUGGUAAACCAGACGAUACGUUGCUUUGCCUCGACAGUUGUGAUGGUAUACCAUGCUCCAAGUCAGACGACUGCGAUGAUGAUGGUUGCUGUAAGAGUGGCAAAUGUACCAACAGUGGAUGCAAGACGCCGUGGUAUGUCAUUGCCACACCAGUUCUCGUGAUUGUCUUGGCAGUUUGCAUUGCUGCGUAUCGAAUAUGGUGCGUGAAAAAUCGUCGAGUUUCACACGCAGGUAUGAUAUAUAAUAUGUAUUCAGCACACCCGUCUUCAAAAUUACGCAACCAGGCCGAGAGUAGCUAAAGUUAGCAUAGUUAAAAUUGAUCUAGUACAAUCAAUGUUAUGGCUGUUUAAAAUAAACUCUGGUUCAUGCCAACGGACCGUUGGAACGAAUCAUGUUAAGUAUAGGUCUGAUGUCCCCUUACUUUAAACAAUAUUUCAAAUCCGACUAUGAAGACUGGAAUAGAUUUGAUGUCGAUUCGCGCAAUUUGAUCAAACUCGAGGCGAAGCCGAGUCUAAUCUAGUCCAGUCCGAAUUGGAGGAUUUGAAAUGACAUCUCAUAUGAAUAUAUAUGUGUGGGUGAAUUAAUUUUGAUAUAAGGACUGAAUUAAGUUUGACCAGUUCUAGGACUGGAUUAAUAUACUUUACCAGGUAUCCAGUAUUAUCAUGUGAGCAAAUAAAGCAAUAUGAUUGGCUAAUUUACCAUUACAUGUUGAUUAACACUGUUUAUUAUAUACAUAAGGUCUGGAUAUGAGGUAUUCUGCAAUCUGAUUGGUUCUCUACUAGCAGGAUAUUAGCUCAUAUCCUACUAGUAGAGAAAAACAAAAUGGCGGCUCAAACUGAAUUUCCGAUUUUUGCGAACGAGAAAACGGCAAGUUGUUCGCUUUUUAUAGCCUUUACAGGAUUAAAAACACAAUGAAAAAACUCCCACAAAUUAUUUACAGGUUAGCAAAGGAAUUUUUAAAUUUAAAAUGAUUAAAAAUAUAUAUUGUUGAAGAAAUAAUCGGCCGAAAGAGCGAAGAUAAAAACAUAAACAAAAUAGAAAAAUAUUGAAAAUAUCCGAAAAGCAAAGUCUGUGAAUUCAGACCUUGUGUAUAUAAUAAAACAGAGUAUUCUACUCACUCUCGUCGAAUAUGAGCGAUAGCCGAUUCGGCGCUACGCGCCUCAUCGGCUAUCAGCUCAUAUUCGACUCGACUCACUCGAGUUCGUAGAAUAACUGUUAAAUAAUGACUUAUUAGGCAUUGGUGAAAUCACCACAGAUCGUGGUUUCGAUUUGCGGGGCAGACACAUGACACUGAUGUGAAAAGAGUCAGUCAUGAAUGCUCUAUACAGAAAGUCGUGGGUUUUCUCCGGGUAUUCCAGUUUCCUCCCACAGGGAAUGUUGAAAGGUUAUGUUGCAUGGUUGGCAAAUCUUCUUUUAUUAUUUCUUCUUUUAUCUUCUUUUAUACUAAAAGAAGUUUUUUUGAAGCAAAAUUUCUUCUUUUAUCUUCUAUUAGUAUUUUUUAUUUUUUUAUAUUAUAUUUAAAGGGGAAGUCAAGUCCGUUCUGCGCAUCGGUUCUGCUCAUAACAAUGUGAGGACCUCUAAUGUGAACAUUGCCCAAAUUUCGAAUGUUUCGAAUUUUUCUGAACAUAAACUCUAUUUCAUAUUCAUUUAGAAGCGUAGCGAACCAAAAUGGUAUCAGAUAUUCAGACAGUACAUCAUAUUUUAAAAAAUACAGCAGUUCAAAAUGUAAACAAACCGUUUGUUUACAUUACGGACUUGAUUCAAUUUAAAAGUAGUUUUGUAAAUUUGACUUUGUAAAUUUGACUUUGUUAAUUAUUUAAAUAACAAAUAUAAUAAGAAAACUGGGAUUCAAUCAUUUUCAUAAUGAAAAUUCCAUUACGUCCACCAGUCUCAAUAGUGAAAUUUAAAAAUUACGUCACAUUGUGACGUCAUCAUCGUAUUUUUUUUCGAAUGUCAACAAUCUUCUUUUAGUACUUAAAAUCUUCUUUUGGUACUAAAAGAAAAAAGUUUUUUUCUCAUAAAAAUCUUCUUUUAUCCAACCCUGUUAUGUUGAGAUUAGCUCCAAACUGACCCUUCCACCGUAGCUGUGCUCCGUGAGCAGACAUGAGUCAUAAGGUGGCUGCCAGAGACGCCCUUAGUAAGUCUUCGACUCGAUCAGGUUGAGCUGUGUCCUUCGCAAUUCAGCUCAGCUCUCAGCUGCAAGUAUUUAUAAGGAUGAUUAGCACAGUUCCACUUACUUACAAUCAAAGCUGUUAUGAUAUAUUUCCAGGUGUAAUUGUAUCAGUCGUUGGACGAGAUGGUCAACUUUAUGCCCAUGAUGACUCUGUGGCUCUUCUCACUGGUAAUGAUGGUGAUCAAGAACAAGCUCAAGGAAAUGAACAACCAACUGCGCAGACAACGUGGAAAGAGAUGCCGGAUUUGCCACCACCCUAUGCACCUUGACGUCCUUUAACUUUUCAGUAUCGUAAAACGUGUCAUAUAGGGUGGAAAUAAACAGGUUAAGAUGCCCAGGUUCCAGUUUACAAGUAUCGCCAUUUUGUAUAUCAAAUUUGGCUGAUGUCAGCAUGUUUACCCGUAAUUUCUACCCGCUUCCCCGCGGUAAACUAUGGUCUACACGUAAAAGACAAAUACGGGUGUUUUCUGUUUACUAUUUGUAGGGCAUUUAAGUAUAUUAAAAUACUUCAACAUCUUACCUGAAUAAAUCAAUGCACAUUUCCUCGUCAAAUUUUUCCCAAAUCUAUAGUGAACCUCAACAACAAAAGUUACCAUUCUUCGAUCGGUUUCGUACCCCGGAAUAUCUUGGAUUUCUUAAGUUGCAAGUCGUUCCUCGAUUUACGGGUAACCAGAAACUGGGUAUCUUGUAAGCUAUGUUUACACUUGUACGGGAUAGCUUUCCGUAGCGACGUGAAAAAACACCUAUCCGUACCUUUUAGGAACGAUAUUUUCAAAGGAAUUAUUGCAACGGAGAGAUGUUGUUUCGCUCAGCUUCUGAAAGUUGUACAUUCCGUGUUACUGUUGGAUAGCUGCUUUUUUACGCCGCUACGGAUUACGGAAAGCUAUCCGGUACAAGUAUAAACGUAGUUUUAACCUCUCUGCUAGUGAAUUAAGGAACGACCAGCCUGAAAUUUAAGGCCCGUUUACACUUGCAAUUUUUGCUACGAUUUUAAGUGCGAUUUUCUUCUUCUGAUGGAUGUGAACGAGUGGAUGAGUUAUGAAUGUUCAGACGAGGGUACAUCAGCGAGACAUAUAUACUCAGAACAUUCAUAACUCAUAUAUAUAUAUAUAUAUAUAUAUAUAUAUAUAUAUAUAUAUAUAUAUAUAUAUAUAUAUAUAUAUAUAUAUAUAUAUAUAUAUAUAUAUAUAUCGACGUUGAAUUCUUUCGAGAAGAAGCAGAUCAGCAGACGGACCUUGAGGAGCCCAGACUUCGCAACCGAACGAUAAGUGAGAGCGGAUCGGAGACAAAUUCUUGGGUCUCAUAUGAUGUCAUAAAUUUGACGGGAGAUCAACUCUAAAUCGUGACACAGUCAGUCAGAGUGAAUUAAUUGUUCACUGUAUGUGUUGGCCUUGUGUUUGGUGGCAAAUACAUGCAAUUUCGUAUCAUUUGCUCACUCCAGUACUGCAUAAGCAUCAAUACAUUUUAGGUUGACCCCCGUCAAAUUCACUGCAAAAUGCCGUAGUGAAACCCAAGAAUACAUAAGGUGGCGGGCAUGCACGUCAGUGAGGUGGACACAAUUGCAUCGCAGAAACCUAAGCAUUCUGUUAGCUUUAGAAACUGUUCGAGCUGUAAAUGUGUGUUUAUUAAUCAUUCAUGAUCUUAAAACACUCAAUUUUCGGAUUAGCAUUCAUUUUGUUUUUAUGAUUAUAUGCAUCAAUAAUUAUAUAGUAAAUGUACAACUUUUUGUGGUGUGGUACAAGGUGUAAUCCUAGAUUCCUAGUAUACGAUACGCGUGCUAUUUUUUCUUACUUUUUGCGUUUACAAAAUGUCAAACUAUCCAAAAAUGAUGGAGGUCAAAUUCAGUUUGACAUUUUGAUAUACAGUCUAUAGAGCGAGAUUGGAACUCGAACUUCAAUAGUCAUAUCUGGCUAGCUUAAAUAAAACAGCUUUCGUUGGAUUUCCAUAUUAGAGUUACUAUUUGUAUAAUUGUUUUUGUUUGUGGAAACACCACGUAAAUUUAUUACUGCAAAGCUUUCGAUCCGUAAGCCCGGAUCUUCAUCAGUGCUAAUAAUAUGAUACUCCAGACUCAUAUUAUUAGCACUGAUGAAGAUCCGGGCUUACGGAUCGAAAGCUUUGCAGUAAUAAACUAUUUACGUGGUGUUUCCACAAACAAAAACAAUUAUAUUUUAUCGCCAUGCAAACAUUCAAAGAACUUAUUAUUUGUAUGUUUUUAAUUCCAUUUACUUAAGUUGACUAACCAUAAAUACACUAAAAAUACAGUUCAAACUUUUGAACUCUUAAUCCCCCCGCCCCUGAAUUUUGAACCCAAUCAUUUUUCGACAAUUUUGAAGUCUAGUCACCAAAUCAAAAACGAAAAAUAUCAACUUUAACAAGGAAAUUCUACGGAAGCUGUACUAUUACAGUAAACCUCGGUCAAACAAAAAUGAGAGUUGAUGAGAGUUGCAAUUCUCGUUCGUGUUUCAUUGCCAACUCUCAUUGACUCUCAUGCACUUUCAUCAACUUUGAGCUCGUUCAAAUUUUCAGAUGAUUGAGAUGAGAGUUUUGGCUACGCGUGCGGUAAUAUCAUAGAAAUAAUAGAUAUCGAAUGCGUACUCCUAUCUCUUCUCAGUGAAAAAUUUGUCUCCACAAAAUGGCGGAUUUAUAAGGGCACGUUUGAGAAAAAGUGGAGACAUGAUUCGUGAUCAAGUACGCAUUCUAUAUCUAUUUUUUAUAUGGGUAAUAUCCAAUCAACUCUCAUCAACUCUCAUUUCGGAUCAAGGAAUUAGUUGAGAAAACUUUCAUUCAAAUUCUCGCAGUGCCGUAGCCAGAACGAUAAUUGGGCACAUAUUCAUAUAUUCGUGUUCAUAUACCAUAAAAACAAUUGAUUUCAAAAGAAAUUAAUAAAGCAGAACACAAAUAUAUGAAUAUGUGCCCCCCAAUUAUCGUUCUGGCUACGGCACUGAAUUCUCGCUUGCCAACUCUUAUCAACUCUCAUCCUCGUUUGAUCAGGGACUUUCAGACUUUCAUGGCACAUCAUACCUACUAUAGAUUGGCAAUUUGCAAACAAUUUGUAACCCCCUAGCUUCACAACUUUUAUAAUUCAUUGUAUCACGAAGCAACUUCUUGCCGUUUUCAGUGAACUUAUUCUGUGUAAGCGAUAAUUUCGUUAACACACACUGACCAUUUUUCAGUGCCUUACACAAACUGGGUAUGCAUUGAUCCGUUAACGAACAUCCAUUAAGUUCCAACUUGAUGAGCUUACAAUGGUCUUUUGUCAGGGAAUCUUCAAACAACAUACAUGCACCUUCAUCACCUAUGUCAUUGUUCGACAGUGUUAGAAAAGUCAGUUGACAAUGUUCAUCUUGCAGUGCCUUACACAAACUAGAUAUGCAUUGAUCCGUUAACCGACAAUAAUCAAAAUUCAACUUAGUAAGCUUACAAUGCUCUUUUGUCAGGGUAUCUUCAAACCGACAUAUAGUACUUGCACCUUUAUCACCUAUGAAAUUCAUUUGCAGUGAUAGAUCAUUCAGAUGACACCGUUCAUCUUGCAGUGCCUUGACUAGUGUAGUAAUACAUUGAUCAGUUAACUCACUCUCAUCAUUAAUUGAAUUAUAUCCAAGAUCCAAACGUGUAAGAUUUUGACAAUGUUCAUUGUUAAGUUCGGCACAACGUUUCAAAAUAUGAUGUGAAAAAAAUGCUUUUAAAUUUAGAAUCAUCUGCUCAAAUACAUCCUCAUGGUUAUGCUGCUGCAUGUCAGUAAAAUGUAUUUGUACACCUACUCUUUCACAAGGUAAGAAAAAUACAGGCCAAUCUACACGAUAAUAGAGGGCAACUUUUACGUCACGGCCUUUUCUGUAAACGCCACAUAUUGCCAAAUGCAUUCGUAGUUUCACUGCCCAUUGUAGCAAUCCGAAAAUCUCCGGAAGACAAUCUGAGGCAAACUCUAACAAUAUCAAAUGUGCCAAUUUUUUCAUGUGUUUGCAAACGAAAGUCACUGCCGCCCACUCACUUGGAGAAAGAUUAUACACUCUUAAACGAGUUAAUAGUUCUACCGAAUCGUUCAUAGCAGUUGUUUCGCAAACUUCUUUAGUAAUCUCUUCAUUGUCCGCUUCCCUUAAACACUUCAUUAUAAACACUUCCUGAUAAUUAAGUUGGAUUUUACCAUUAGUAACUUUCAAGCUUUCUGCAAAUGCGAAAACACAAUCCUUAUAUUCCCAAUCAAAAUUUUUGAUUUUCUUGCCCAAAAGUCCUGCAAUGAACUGAAGAACUAAAUGCCAUUUUCCACUUUUAACAUGAUCGGAAAUAAACUUCUGUAUUUCCGGUGGAGCGCGUGUUUCAGUCACGUGUCUUGCAGCAAGAAAUUCUUGUAUGGUUAAAUGGAUAAAACAAAAUUGUGUUUGAAUUGGAAAAAUAGGAUUGGAUAAACUGUUCAAUAAACCUGACGUUUUCAUUUCUUCAUCAAAUAAUACUUGAUCAAAAAUCAGUUGCCUGCUUUCCAUACCAAGAAAUGCCAAUCGUUGAAGUUUCUUUAACGCUUCUGUCUGCAUUUCAGUGAUGAUGUUUCUGUCUGCAUUUCUGUGAUGAUGUUUCUCGAAAUGAUCAAUGGCUGACUGGUAAAGUUCUGUCAGUGUUGUUGGAAGAGCACCAGUUUCAUUUGUUGUGUCACUAAGAUAUCCUGAAAGGGUAACACACACUAUAAAGCAAUUAACCGGAAUGUAACAUAAAUUUAACAGUUCUGAUGAUGAUGUUAUGUGGUUCCAUAACUUCGUUUUAAGGUCGCGCAUGUUAUUAUUGUCACAAAAUCGGCUGACAUAUUUUUCAAUGUUAUUGGAAGUGAAACCAAUAAUCUCCACAUUUCGAUCAAAAUUAAGUCUCGAGUAGAAACCAUCUCCAAUCGGUCUGCUCGUUACUACAACCGUUGCUCCUUUCAACAAGUCGCCCAAAACUAGUUUAAUGAAUAAAUUCAUUGCUGACGUGCCAUUAUCAGGAUCGUUUGGAAUGAUGCGAGAUUGGUCUAAACAACUUAUGGGGUCGCCGUGAUAUUCAUCUAAACCAUCAAAAAUAAGAAUGGCUUUUUGUGGCUCUUUUGCAAUUUGUUCGUAAAUAUUUUCGAAAUUUUCUUCACUCAGACCCGUCCCAAACCGAAGAAACGUCUUAAGGAAUAUAUUUGUUAAUUUGUUCAUAUUUUUGUUGAACCAUCUGAAUUUGAAAAAGAAGACAAUCUUGUCGGAAUAAUAUUCAUCAAUUUUAUUAGCCCAGUCACGCAGAAUUUUUUCGGUCAAAACAGUUUUUCCAAUCCCAGGUCUUCCAAUCGCCAGAAUGCUACGAGGAAAUUUUCCCUUUGUAUCUUCAUUGGGAUAAAAUAAAUCACUUAUCUUUUCUAAACGUAUGGAUUUUGAGGGAACUUUCAUAUAAACGUCGUAGAUCUCGUGUCUUUUCAUUUCUUUAGAAAAUUUAUGCUGAGCUCGUCCAGUAUGGAUAAUAACGUCAAUAUACAAAUCAUCUAUAUUAGCGUUUGGUCCAUAAAUUAUGCCAGGAUCACGAGAACGAUUCAAAACUUGUUCCUUGUAAACGUCGAUACAGUCCUUAGUCCCAGAAUCCUCGACGUCAUUGUCCAUGGUGGCACAUUCUUGAGCGAUAGAGGUGGGAGUGUCCUGAUUCCUAGUGUCCUGAAUGCUAUCGUUCACAGCGCCACACGCUUGAGUGAUAGAGUCCGGAGUGCUAUAAUCUUGAGUGCUACAGUGUGGAGGGUUGUUUUCGAUGCUUGUUAAAGGUUCACUUUCACCAGGUACGUUAUAUUGUUUGCCAAUAAGAUAUUCAAUACGUGGACGAGAAAAUUUCAAACCAUAUUUCUCGUGAACGUCGAUACAGUCCUCAGACCCAGAGUCCUGGAUGUCAUUGUCCAUAAUGGUACAUUCUGGAGCAAUAAAGUCGAGAGUCUCGUGAUUCCUAGUGUUCUGAAUGCUAUAUUUCAUAGUGCUAUACGCUUGAGCGACAGAGUCCAGAGUGUUAUAAUCCUGAGUGCUACAGUGUGGAGGGUUGUUUUCGACGCUUGUUAGAGGUUCAUUUUCACCAGGUACAUUGUAUGGCUUGCCAAGAAGAUAUUCAAUAACAAAUUCAGAAUCACCGCUCCAGCCGUCUCCAGAACAAUUGUUGAACACAGGUAAACGUGGCAAAAGAUAAAUGACUUCCACAAGUAUAAUUAAGGCAACAAUAAUAUUUAUUACAGAUACAAUUAUGCCCCAUAACCAUUUCUCUGACGCUGUCGCAUUCUCACAAUUUACGGAUGUACUGUUCAAAUUACGACUCACAUUCUUUGGUUCAGUAUUGAUGUUGGACGUUACCGCUGGUGGUGAAUUACAGUUGAAUUUCAAAUCGAAACCAUUGGGAUAAUAAUAUGUGUGUUGUACAACAGUAAAAAUGAUCCCUAUUAACGAACGCACAGCGAGGUGCAUAAAAUAGCGAUGAAAUACAUAAAAAAUUCUCCUGUUUUGUCCACAGUGCUCGGUUUCGCCAACAGUUUGUCGUUCAUAGCUUGACUCUAUUUGGUCGACACGCUUCCAUACUAGCAGUGAAUAAAUAACACUGACAAGAACUGACAAUCCAAUACUCAGUAAAACAAAGCCGUACAAAGGUAGAGGGGAGUUAUAAGCUUGAUCAUAUUUCACAAAACAUACCUGGUCGACUUGUUUCUUGUACGUGGCCGUACUUUUAGCAUCAACAGAGGAAGAAAAUUUCCCGUUCUCGCUGGCCCUCAAAGCUGCGGUAACAGCAGUAAAUACCAAUCCACAAAGGAAAUGAACAAUUACACAUAUAUAGGCGAUAGUACCAAAUCUUUUCGGGGCUAAAUAAUCCUUAACUGCGUCUAUCAUCUUUUAAAUUCAUAUCAAAGCCCGCUUAGGAAAGCUAAAGGCGUUUAGUUUGAUCAUAGUUUGCGAAGUUGCUGUAAUAUAAGAAACUUGAUCUCUAAAUAAACUGUCAACAUUGUCUGUGACGAAGCAACCUGAUAAAUGAUACUUUAAAACAUGACUCAACAAGACCCUAGCUAUUUCAGGAUUCACUCGUGCCCAUGGAACUGAUAUAUACGGCAUACACCAAAUUGCAAUACGAAAAUGAAAUUUAUGACAAUUUGUAUCAAAUU